ACCUCCCGGCCCUGCCGGGGUCCUUUCCGCGCUCUCCGCACUUCGGAGCGGCGGGGGCGCACGGGGACUGACCCGGACGGCGCGAUGGAGUCGAGUGGAGGCCGCGCGGAGGGCUCGGGCCGCGGCCCGCGGGUGCUGGUGGUGGGCAGCGGCAUCGCGGGGCUGGGCGCCGCGCAGAGGCUCUGCCGCCACCCGGCCUUCCAGCAGCUGCGGGUCCUGGAGGCCACUGCCCGCGCCGGCGGCCGCAUCCGCUCGGAGCGCGGCUUCGGUGGCGUGGUAGAGCUAGGUGCUCACUGGAUCCACGGGCCCUCACAGGGCAACCCCGUCUUUCAGCUGGCUGCCAAGUACCAGCUGCUAGGGGAGAAGGACUUGUCAGAGGAGAACCAGCUAAUCGAAACUGGGGGUCAUGUGGGCCUGCCAUCUGUGUCCUACGCCAGCUCUGGGGUAAGUGUGAGCCGUGAGUUGGUGGUGGAGAUGGCUAGUCUGUUCUAUAGUCUCAUAGACCAGACUCGGGAGUUCCUGCACAUGGCUGAUGCCCCAGUGCCCAGCGUUGGGGAGUACCUCAAGAAGGAGAUCCGUCAGCACGCGGCUGGCUGGACAGAGGAUGAGGAGACCAGGAAGCUCAAGCUGGCCAUCCUCAACAGCUUCUUCAAUGUGGAGUGCUGUGUGAGCGGUACCCAUAGCAUGGACCUGGUGGCCCUCGCACCCUUUGGGGAGUACACCGUGCUGCCGGGGCUGGACUGCACCUUUCCUGGUGGCUACCAGGGGCUCACAAAUUGCAUAAUGGCCUCCUUGCCAGAGGACGUGAUCGUUUUUAACAAGCCUGUGAAGACCAUUCACUGGAACGGGUCCUUCCAGGAAGCCUUGUCUCCUGGGGAGAGGUUUCCAGUGCUGGUGGAGUGUGAGGACAGAACCUGCUUCCCUGCACAUCACGUCAUCAUCACCGUGCCCUUAGGUUUUCUUAAAGAACAUCUGGACACCUUCUUUGAACCACCACUGCCCCCUCAGAAGGCAGAAGCGAUCAGGAAAAUAGGCUUUGGGACCAGCAAUAAAAUCUUCCUGGAGUUUGAGGAGCCCUUCUGGGAGCCAGACUGCCGGCACAUCCAGGUGGUGUGGGAGGACACGUCACCCCUGGAGGACGUCACCUCUGGCCUACAGCACGUCUGGUUCAAGAAGCUUAUUGGCUUUUUGGUCCUGCCUUCCUUUGCGUAUGUAUGCUUCUUGAGUUUCUCUGAGGAAGCUUCAGGGGUGAGCUCUGAGGGGGCUGAUUCUUUGGCCUUAGUUUUGUUGAGAAUCCAGCAGUGUAUUGAUUCCCUGGGAGGCAUUUCUGGAGGAUUUCUGGGUGGAAUUCCAAGGGCACCCCAGAGCGCUGAUAACAGACACUGGGGCCUGAACCAUUGCAGGGACAGACAGAAGCCUCUUGUAGGCAGCCCUUUGGUGUGUCUCAGGUCCUUGAAUGAGCUGGUGGCCUGGAGGGCAUGUUCAAUCAGUAAGAAAAUAUUUACUGAAAUUCCCAGGAAGCUGGGGUGUGGAGGUUACAGAAGGAAUUUGAAACACGGAAGUGUCUGUAACUGGGAGACAAUAUUUAAACUUGAUGCAGUAAUUGAGCAACAUAUCCUUCUAAGUCAGAAAUCAAAACCCAUUAGUGGUUAAAUUGUAUGGUCCAUCUAUAAUGCAUAAAUAAUGCAGUGUAUAUGGACUUGGUGUGAACUCAGAAAAUAAGACCAUGAAUCAUUUAGGGAGGGAGGGACUGAUUUUUCCAGCAGGAUCAAAAUAUGUGGUUAGCGUGUUGUAGUCAAUUGGCAGACACGAGUCCAAAUUUCCACACAGAGACGUGUCAGGAUUGGGGACCAUAUUCUGGGCCUGGAGGACAAAACGCAGGCAUGCCUGCAGCUGAUUUUAUCCCCAACAGCCACAGAAGCUGGGUGCAUGUGCUCCUCCCACCUAGGAGGGGACCCUGCACGUGUCCUUUGGACUGAAGAUAAAGCUGACAUCCAGGGGUUUGGAAAUGUGUCCAGGGUCGUGGAUGCAUAGGGGAACGGUGGCUGGGUGUGCUCGGCUGCCUGCCCCACACUUGGCUCUGUAGCCUGUGCUCAGGACGUUGGUGGAGACAGCAGUCAUCGGGAUACUCUGUGGCUAGGACAGUGGCUCUCACACUUUGUGGUCUCUUUAAAAAUAUCGAGGAUUCCAAAGAGCUUUUGUUUAGGUGGGUUGUGUCUGCACAUUUACCACAUUAGAAAUUGAGACAGAAAUUAAAAAUAUUUAUUUUUUAAACUGAGUAAAUCUAUACCGUGUUAGCAUAAAUAACAUUUUUUCUGAGGCGGGGAGGGGCAGAGGAUGAGAGAGAAUCUCAAG